AUGACAAUGAUUUCCUUUAUAAAAAUCUUAUUUAUAGAGCCUCUUUUAAUUUAUAAGGGUUGUGUAGAACCUACUGGAAGUGAAUGUAUUAAUAAUGGUUGGACUAAUGGCAAUUAUGUGACUGAAUGUUAAGGAAUAAAUUAUAUUGGUGCAUUUACAGGAGGACAUAGAAUUACCAAAACAUUUUGGAGUCCAUCACAAAAAUUAAUGAAAUUAUCAUUCACUUUGGCUAAAUUCGAUAGUUGGGACUACGAAUCGGUUUUUAUUUAUAAAGAUGGCUAAGAAAUUGAUAGAAUUACUCAUGGACCUUUUGAGGGAAUUAAUGUGUGUUAAAAUCUAUACCCAGAUUUAUUGGAUUAUAGAUCGUAUUUCUAUUAGUUACCAUAAGGAUAAAACUAUAUUACCUUUUCAUUAGUUGAUAAUUUAUAAGCUGACGAUAUAGAAUCAUGGGGAAUUAGAGAUAUCAAAUUAUAACUUAUUAAUCACUGUAUAGAUUUUUAUAGUGAAUGUAAUUAUUAGGGACAAUUAUGGAGGGUUUGUUAAGGAAAUCAAACUACAUCUAUUAGAUAAAUACCUUUCAAAAUAAAAUCCAUUUAUAUCUUAGUUAGUGGUGUUCAAGUGUAAAUCAAAGACCCAUAAUUUAAAGGAGGAAUCAAAUAGACAUAUACUACAGAUUAAACCUGUUUAGAUGAUUACCAUUUUCCUAAGUAUGAAUAACCUAUUUGAUUACUUAUAUAAUUUUGUAUAAUAAUUUACUAUUAUGUAUAUAAUAAAUAAAA